AUGCCAUACGAAAUGAGAAAUAUGAUAAUCGAUUUAAUGGAUAUUCAAACAACAACACGAUUUUCGCAAUGUUCAAUUGAUUGUUAUGAAGAAGUUGGGAAAUCGCUGAAUUUCAUCGACGAAAUCAAAAUCGAUCAGAAGGAUAAUUUCGGCUCGUGUGUGGUUUUUGAUUUGAAAAAGAAGGAUUCAAUAGAGAAAUUAUCGAUUUGUGAUUGGAGCAUCGGAGUUUUCUGCGAAAAUGGCGCGUGAUUUCAAAAGGAAGGCAUAAAUGUCACAAUGCGGGAAUUCGUAUGACUGGUGGAUUUUAUCAUGAGAGAAUAUAUGAGCAUACAAUUCAAUUUUUGAAUGGUUUGAUGAAAAUUGCAAGGAAAAGCCUGAGAAAACUCCGAAAUUGAUGCGGUAAGUACUCAAAUUUGGUUGUUUUCCUUGAAAAAAAUACGUCGAUUUUCAGGUGGAUUUCCCAUAUAAUCGAUCAAAAAUUGGAUAUUUGCCAAAUCUUGAAGAACUUCGAAGAUUAUCUCCACAUUUGAAAAAAAGAGAUUGUUGUGAAAUUAUCGAUCCGAUUGAUUGCAAAUUCAUUGAAUUCAAUCAAAUUUGUAAAAUUCGAAAAUAUUUGUCAAUUCCAAGAUUAUCAUUAUCCUAUGUUUUGCACUUGACAGCUGAGAAAAUCUAUAUUGCUUAUGUAACAAGUGCUCCCUUGAUUUUUCGCGAUUUCCUCCAUUUUAUUCCGAAAUGCUGA